UUAUUGAUUGGUUACCAGCAUGGACUUCUGCUGUUUUCAUUGGCUGACUUGUUCCAGAGUGAGUCAUGUGAUGACACUGCUGUUUCAGAGUUACAGAGCUGGACUGACUUCCUGGAUUUCACUGCCUACUAUUCACUUACAAGGUGCUCAGGCACACCAUCUAUCCAUGGCGUCUUACUUUGAAGAACAUAACUGUGAACCUACUGUUCCUGAGGAGCAGUAUCGUCAGAAUGCCCUUCUAGAGUUGGCAAGGAGUCUUCUCAGUGGAAUGGAUAUCGAUCUUGGGGGUUUGGACCUUACAGAAUGGGAUCAGCGACUUCCGCCUCCAGCUUCCAAAAAAGUUGUGGAAAAUUUGCCAAAAGUUAUUGUAAAACCAGAGCAAGCAGAUGCUGCUCUUAAGUGUCCUGUUUGUCUGUUAGAAUUUGAGGAGGGUGAAACAGUCCGCCAAUUACCUUGUGAGCAUCUCUUUCAUUCUGCCUGCAUCCUGCCCUGGCUUGGAAAGACCAAUUCCUGCCCAUUAUGCCGAGAUGAGUUACCCACUGACAGUCCGGAUUAUGAAGAAUAUAAAAAGGACAAGGCACGAAAGCAGCAACGAGAGCAGAGACUGGAGUAUUUGCAUGGUGCUAUGUACACUUGAGAAUAAGAUCACACCUCCUCCACCCAGCAAUUGCAUUUAAAUAGUGUCUGAAUCUCUUUACAGUUUGACUAGUGGAGCUCAAGACCGGACCUUAAGAAAUCAAUGAGGAGCAGAUACUUUUAAUGUCUCUGCUUAAGCAGAAAACUUUUCACAUUUUUUAACACAUACACUAAUGAUGGUAAUGAAGGAUGGGCUGCACAUCAGUUUUGUUGGUUGCUAAGAGAUCUCGGAUAGAAAAGGAAACACAAUUUGUUUUGAUGUCCCUUUCAAUGUUUAUUAUAAUUAGAGCAAAACAAUAUUUUUGUUUGUACAUGUUACAUCCAACCUUGGAUCUCUAGUAAUUAUUGGCAUGAUUUCCCAGAAUUCUCUACCAGUUCACAAUUCUGGAAAAUAAAAUCCAAACAGCUGGAGAGCCAAAGUUGGACACUCCUCCAUUUGAGUUGCCACUUUUUCCAAUUAACUUUGGCUUCCUGUGAAUUUUUGCUCCUGUCAUAUGAAAUUAACAUGCUGCCCAGAUGUACAUAGUAUAAUACUGAACCUGGGUAAAUCACAGCAUUUCUUAUUGAUACCUCCCAGUGUCUGUCCAUAUUAAGUUUUUGGUUUAUUACAUUAGCCUUCAAAAAACUUAUCACUGAAAAGAAAAAAAAGGUUCCACUGUAUACUUUUAAUUUUCAAAUCACUAUUCUGUAACCUUUGCUCAUCAUCUCAUACCAACUGCUGCGGAAAUUUUAAUGCAAAUAAUGUCAAAUGGCU